AUGUCUCAGAACCCGCAAAGAAGGGCACCAUCGCCUCUGCCCUGGAAGCGAACGUCAAUCAAACCACCGCGCCCCUCUACUCACACACCCCGCACCCCACACCCCGCACCCCGCACCCCGCACCCAGACAGCGCGCCGCGGCCACUCCCUCACCCCUCGGCCUCCCGGUGCCGUUCGGGGCGUCCGGGACGCGCGCGGACGCGUCAGGCCCUGCGCAGACCUCCUGCAGCCCCGCAGUUCCUGGUGGAGGCUACAGUUCGAGGCCCAGCCAAGCCCCCCCUCCCCAGGACACCUGCAGUUGCACACGCCCACCGUCCUGGGCAUAGGAUGACUAGAACGACCCCUGGGCACACCCGACGCCCUGGCCCGGGCAGGUGCCGGGCCUCCUCCCAGACACUCACCCGGCGGUCGCGGCUCCCCUGGCCGCCGCCUCGCCCUCACGCCCGCCGUCUGCUCCCGCGGGGGGGUCCGGGCCGGUGUAGCUUCCCCGCCCGACCCCCCUCGGGUGCACGCCGCGCGAAGCCCAGAUCCGGUGUAAGCCGCCGUCGCCGCCGCCACCGCCGCCGCCGCCGCCCCCUUCACUUCACUUCACUCCCUCCUCCCUCGAUGCGUCCCUCCCACCGAGGCCCGCCUCGUAUUUCCUGGAUCCGGUCUCGGUGA